UUGAUUAAUAAAUUUUCGAUUUUUCGCCCUAAAAUUAUGAAAUUAAUAUGUUUUAUUAAUUUGUCAUUAAUUUUGAAUUAAAAAUUUUAAAUUUUUAUGAAAACGCUCAUUAAUGUUGCACGCACAAAGCAAUGGAAGCUACGUGUUACCCUUAAGGGGUGUUGUAUAGUGCGGGCACGCGACGACGAGCAAGGGAGCUCGUCGCCCGUGCGGUACGAAUGCAACGAGCAACAUAGCGCAUGGCGCGCGCACGAGGCAAGGGAGCCUGUGCGUGUGUGCUGUGUGCUGUGGCGAUGGGCGAAGGGCGAAGGCAUGGCACGAGGAGAGGCGCGCGUGCGCGCGAGGGCGAGAGCUGGUCGCCCAGCGAUCGCUGCUCCGCGCACCAAAACGCGUGGCCUCGAGGGCUUACUUGCGCGCGAGCGAGCGAGCACUCCCAUCGUGGCUGCUGCGAUGCAUGCGGGCAAGCAGGCUGCGCGCAAGCGUGGCUUGGCUUGCUGCGUUUGCGCGUGGCUGCUGUUGCGAUGAGCCAUGGGCCAGCGAUAGGUCGUGCACUCGACGGGGCUUGGGCGCAAGCCCAAGUGCUCGUCAUGUUACGAUUAUUGAGUUUUAAAUUUUAAUUUGAGAUUUUGAGUUCAUAUAAUUUUAAUUAAUUUUAAAAUUAAUAAUUUAAAUUGUUUUCUUGGAUUUUAAUUUUGAAUAUUAUAAUUAUUAUAAAUUUUAAUUUAUUCUAAUUAUUUUACUAAAAUUAAAAACCUUGAACUAAUUUAAAUUCAACUGAAAAUAAAUUAAAUAAGUGGAUUCAAUUAUAAAUUUAUAUGAGCUUUAAAUUUUAAUUAAAUUUGUAUGUUUCCGGUUAGACUAGAAAUACAUUUUUAUGUUUAAAAUUAGUAAAGCAUAUGAAUUUAUUGGUUUAAGUGGGAGCAAUUUUAGUCAUAAACUCUUGAUUAGGUCUACAAAUCCUUUAAGGUUAAACAAGUUGAUUAGAAUUAAUAAGGACUGAAUAAUUGGUAGAUUAUUGGUGCCCUUAAUUAAUUGCUGCAAAUAUUUAUGUGAUGCAUAACGUGUUUUACUAACCAGCUAUGUGGGCCAUUCAUGAUAAUGAAUGGGUGAAUGGUAUAUAUUGUAUAUGUACUGUUUUGCAGGUUAUGAAGUGACUAGUAUGACCCAAAUAAGAUAGAAAAUAUGGUCUGCGUACCAUUAAUUUGAAUGUAAUUGAUCUAAAGUACCAAAUUUGUUUUUCAAUUCAAAUAUGGUAUGCGUACCAUCAAAUAGUUGUAAUUAGUUUAAUUAUAGCUUAUCCUAUUUGAAGAAAAUGGCGCCUCCCACAGAGAUUUUCAAGACGGACUUUGAAGUUGAAGCUUCAAGAUGAAGUCGGGCCAUACUAGAUCACAUUUAUCUUAUGCAUGUUUUAAGUUAUUUAUUGCUUUUAAAUAUGUCUUAAAUAUGCAUGAGAUCAAAGCUUGAUUAUGUUGCAUGAUUAAGGAUUUUAGUUCACUUAAAAUCUAACCAACAUAGUAAGAGCCUUAAGUUCCAAACUUUAAAAUUGAGUUAAAAGGUGCCAUGCCAAAAUAACACUUACUUGGAUAUCCUUUUUUCAUCGAUCUUAGUAAUAGUUUUCCGCCAUAGCGAGGUGUUACUUAUCGAUAGUAAAGGGGUAAGGUACACAAAUAAUUGUGAGUACAUGUUCGUGUUGGUGAAACUCAACUAUAUAAGUAAGGAGUCCUUUUAUGUCGUGGCAAAAUCGAUAGGUUUACCUAAUAAGUUCUUAGACGUACCUAUCAACCAAGAGUAAUUUCUUGACUAUUAGGAAAAGGCUUUGGCUUACCUAAAAGAUUUUAGAAUUGAGUCUAAAUACAUAAUGUGCUUAAUUCUUCAAUGGAUUUUAGGGUCUUGGAAUCAUUUUAUUCACACCUUCCGGAACACAUAACUUGAAUAAAAUGCUUAAUGAACAUUGAAUUAUGCAUGUAUGCUAGAAUUUAAGUUUAUUAAGAGAAACAGUGAAUGGUUAUUUAUUUGUUUAUUCUUUUUCAAUUGUAGUUUUAAUUAUGGCAAACAACAAAUCAUUCAACAUUCGAUCAAUUCUCGAAAAGGAGAAGUUGAGAGGGAAAAACUUCCUUGACUGGCAAAGGAACUUGCAAAUAGUUCUUAUGCAGGAAGAAAAGGAGUAUGUCCUGGAAGAGGCGAUGCCCGAAGCCGUAGGCGAAGGGGUCACUCAGGCAGCCCUCAAUCGUUGGAUUGAUGCUAACAAGGAUGUGAAAUGUCUAAUGCUUGCAACCAUGAGUGCAGAUCUAAAGAAAACGUUCAUCAACUCAGAUGCUUUCACGAUCAUCAGUGAUUUAAAGAAAAUGUUCCAAGAUCUGGCUCGGGUCGAAAGAUUCGAGACUCAUAGGCAAAUUCUUGAGACCAAGCUCAAGAAAGGCGAGCCCGUAAGUCCACGUGCUCUCAAAAUGAUUGGACUCAUUGAGAAUAUGAGUCGGCUGGAUCAGCAAUUCUCUCAGGAAAUGGCUGUAGACACCAUCCUCCAUUCUCUUCAUAACCGGUAUGAUCAGUUCAAACUGAACUACAGUAUGAAUAGUCUAGACAAAACGCUCACUGAGCUUCACGGUAUGCUGAAAACCGCUGAAAAGACGCUCAAAAGCGAUAAGCAAGAUGUGCUUAUGGUGCGUGGGGGCAAGUUCAAGAAAUCUGGAAAGAAGAGGAAUGCUAAGAAAGGUGGCAACAAGGCCAUCCCAACUAAGCAAACUGGCGCCAAAUCUGAAAAGAGGAAGGUUAGUCAACCCACUUCUGAAUCCGAAUGCUUCUACUGCAAAAAGAAGGGGCAUUGGAAGAGAGAUUGCUUGAAGCUAAAGGAAGAUCAGAAGAACGGAACAUUCGUUCCAUCUUCAGGGACUAAGAAGAAGUAGAAAGUUAAGCAAAGGUGAAGUCGACCUACGAGUGGGAAAUGGAGCACAGAUUGCUGCAUUAGCUGUAGGAACUUAUUAUUUGUCGUU